GUGACUUGCUCUCGUCUGCAAAAGAAAUUCUCUUGAAGUUUCUUAUUCUUUGAAAGAGACAUGGCACAAACUGGACUUACGAUUUUUCUACUCAUAUGCAUACUACUGCUGGAUCAGACUAUCAGCCAGGCUUCAAAAUUCAAAGCCAGGAAGCACAGCAAACGUAGAGUGAAAGAAAAGGAUGACCUGAAGACCCAGAUUGACAAACUGUGGCGAGAGGUAAACGCUCUGAAAGAAAUGCAAGCACUUCAGACAGUCUGUCUUCGUGGGACAAAGGCCCAUAAGAAGUGCUACCUUGUAUCUGAAGGCACCAAACAUUUCCAUGAAGCCAAUGAAGACUGCAUAGCCAAGGGAGGGACACUGGCUAUCCCAAGGAGUAGUGACGAAACAAACGCUCUUCGAGACUACGGCAAGAAAAGCAUGCCUACAGUGUCUGAGUUUUGGUUGGGUGUCAAUGACCUGAUAAAUGAAGGGAAAUUUGUUGAUGUCAAUGGCAUGGUUCUACAGUACUUCAACUGGGAUCGCUCCCAACCAAACGGGGGGAAGCGUGAAAACUGUGUCUUUUUUUCUCAGUCAUCACAAGGCAAGUGGGUGGAUGAAGUCUGCCGUACUGCCAAAAGAUAUAUUUGUGAAUUUCUGAUCCCAUAAAUCCAUAUACAAAUUAUUAUGACCACGUUCAGGGUUAUAAACAUGCAGCUUUGCAUGCUAGUAGCCUCUCCCACUUAGACAGUGGUAAGUUAAAAAUAUCCAUCUCCUGCAUUGUACUCAAUCUUUCUUGAGACAUAAAUUUUCUUUAUUAAUUUAUUUUCUAUUCAGAUGCUAAACAUGAUAUAUAUUUAGUGAGUGCUCUCACCACGUACAGGAAUAUACAUUACGAUUUGAUCU